AUGGGAGCCUGCAUGAGCUCGAGCAGUGAGGAGGCGGAGCAGAAGAAGAGGAGCCAGAAGAUUGACAAGGACUUGGAGGAGGAUUCAAAACGACUACGGAGGGAAUGCAAGAUUCUACUACUAGGGUCUGGUGAAUCGGGCAAGUCGACAAUUGUCAAGCAGAUGAAGAUCAUCCACCUGAAGGGGUACUCGGAAGACGAGCUUUACAACUACAGACCCACCGUCUACAAGAAUCUGAUGGAGUGUGCCAAAGCGGUCAUCAAUGCUAUGCGCCAGUUCGACAUUGAACCCCAGAUUGAGGGGAACAAGGACUUGUGCGACUUCCUUCUCGACUACACGGUCGACACGGGGCCGCAGUCACAAAUAGACCCCAAGGUCGGGGAGGCAGUCCAGGCCAUAUGGAAUGACCCUGCCCGUGAGCAACUGAUGGACAGGCAAACAGAGUUCUAUCUGAUGGACUCGGCCGAAUAUUUCUUCCAAGAAGCCGAGAGGAUUGUCCGUCCAGACUACCUACCAAACGAGAUGGAUGUGCUCCGGGCGAGAACAAAGACCACUGGUAUCUAUGAAACCCGCUUCCAGAUGGGCCAGCUUAGUAUACACAUGUUCGAUGUGGGUGGUCAGAGGAGCGAGAGGAAGAAGUGGAUCCACUGCUUUGAGAAUGUCACAUCUAUCAUCUUCUGUGUCGCCCUUAGCGAGUACGACCAAGUCCUGCUUGAAGAGAGCAGCCAGAACCGUAUGAUGGAGAGUCUACUACUCUUCGACUCUGUUGUCAACUCCAGGUGGUUCAUGCGAACCAGUAUCAUCCUCUUCUUGAACAAGGUGGACAUUUUCAAGCAGAAAUUGAGCAGGUCACCGUUGGGCAACUACUUCCCGGACUACUCAGGGGGCAACGAUGUCAACAAGGCUGCCAAGUACCUCCUGUGGCGGUUCAACCAAGUCAACCGGGCUCAUCUCAACCUCUACCCACAUCUCACGCAAGCUACCGACACAUCGAACAUUCGACUCGUCUUUGCUGCCGUCAAGGAGACGAUAUUGAACAACGCGCUUAAGGACUCGGGCAUUCUUUGA